AGGGUUCCGCCUCCGGGGCUGGAAGGCGCCUGCGCCGGCGGGGUCCCGGUCCUGACGCGCAUUCUCGCUCACUCCCUCCCUUGGCUGCGCGCGCCCGGUGGGCGUGGGAGGAGGCGGGGAACGGGGGAGGGGGCGGCUGUCGCGGGAGGAAAGGAGCGAACCGGAGCGCGUCGUCCUGAGAGGAGCGGAGGCGGCAAAAUGGCGGAUCGCUUCUCCCGCUUUAACGAGGACCGAGACUUUCAGGGUAAUCACUUUGAUCAGUUUGAAGAAGGACACUUGGAAAUUGAACAAGCAUCGCUCGACAAGCCUAUAGAAUCGAACAGAAUAUUGGACACUGCUGACUCCAGAAACAUGGGUGGAAGCUGGGCCAGGGAUUUGGAAAAUCUCUUCAGGGGAGAGCACUAAUCUGUUCGUGAGGGAUCUGCCCCCUGACUCAAUCAGUUUCCAACACUGCCACCCUGGGGAUCAAACUUCCACGUGAGUUUUGGAGGGGACAACACAUCCAAACUCCAUCAACCAGCGCCACAGCUGUGGGAACUGUGACAAGCAGAAGACAUGGGUUCUGAGCUCCUUGCCCCGUUUUCUUCAGGCACCAGAAGCCCAUAAACUCAUUGCUCCCGCCCAUCCCGGCAGGCCCGGCCCCCGUCUCCCAGCAAUGCCUGACGCGCCUCUGCAGGCCGGGAGCUAGUGCGCAGGCGCGCCGACCUGCUUGCCCCAGGCGGGCCCCGCCCCGCGACGUCGCCCUGCGUGUGCGCUCCCGGCUGGGCCCCCGCCGAUUCUUCCGACAUGGCGGCUGCACUGGUCGUGCUGCUGGCUCUUUCCCUGUUCGGUGGCUGAGGAGACUCCGCGACCGGGAAGAACCCAGAGGAGGGGGCCUGAGACCUCAGGGAGUGGCUGGAAAGCCGGAGACGUGUCCUGGAACCCAGAGCCAGGGAAACCGAACACCUUCUGUGUCAGCAUCGUUGAUUGGAGACUGUGAAUGUAAAAAGAGAAGUCCCAGGACAGAAGCCAGGUGAGAGAAGGGAGAACAGAUCCCAUUCCAAUUGUUGUCAAGUAUGAUGUCAUGGGCAUGGGUCGCAUGGAAAUGGAGCUUGAUUAUGCUGAAGAUGCUACCAAAUGGCUCCAUGUCCUGGAAGUGGAAAAAGAAGACACGGAAAAGCUGAGACAAAAGUACAAGUUAAUCUGCACAUAGCCACUGUGACUGGCAAUCUGAAGAAGAAAGCCACCACCCACUGCAGUUGCUGCAAGUUUUCCAACUUUCUGGAACAAAAAUCCCACACACCAGCCAGUUAUGCCACCCAUUACAAUCUGGGUAGCUACUGAGUAUUUUUCUACCAUAUGUCCUAAACUGUGGCCAAACACUCAAUUCCACCAGUGGUGUCUUCUCGCAUACUCAGUUAAAUCCAACACUUCGUCAGAGUCGUCAUCGCUUUCAUAUCCUUGGGGAGGCGGGUCUUGGGUGGCCAUGAUACCACCGGCGGCCUGUUCUGGGGUGGUCCCGGCUUUAAAGGAGAGCAAUUGGGUCUCUUGCUGCUGCAACGCGAGUGGGAGCACCAGGAGCCCGGGCUCAGAGAGAGACACCUCAGAUUGUUUUAAGAAGAUGGCAGACAAGCUGGACUUGGGGGAAAUCGCCAGCUUCAAUAAGACCAAGCUGAAGAAAACUAAGAUGCAGAAGAACACCCUGCCAGCCAAAGAGACCAUUGAGCAGGAGAAGCGGAGUUAAAUCUCUUAAGAGCCAGGAAGAUUCCCCACCCCCAUCAUCUCCGAGCCCCCAGUCGUGGUGUGGGGGAAGAGCCACCUGCAAGAUGAACAUGAGCCGCAAGCUACAUUGUGAACCCGGGCACUCCACACCAAUGCCACCAGCUCGUGGGUCUCUGAGGGGACCCCCAAUUGGACUGCCACAUUCUCCGGUUUGCCCUGGGAUACUAUAGAAAAUUAUUUGUUUGAUUAAUGAAAAUAAAACAUACCUCAUGGCAAAAAAUAAAAAUAAAAAAUAAAAGCAAUUGAGAAGGAUAACUCUCCUGCUCAGCUCAUUCUCACCACGUGACACCCUGGUCACCAUGGGAUCUGUAGAGAGUCCCUCCAAGAAGACCCUCACCAGAUGUAUUCCCUGAACCUUGGACUUCCCAGCCUCCAAAACGGUAAGAAAUAAAUUUCAUUUCUUUAUAAGUUACCAAGUUUCAGGUGUUAUAAGCAGCAGACACAGACUAAUACAAUUUCCUAGGCCAGUUACCAAAAAGGAAAAGAAACACCUCCUGUAGUGUGACUGUUUUUCCUUAUGGGAAGCCCAUUUGGAUAACCUGAAAGUGGAACCUGAUAAAAAGGUAUUUUGAAUUUAAUCAGACACAGGAAGAAAGUGUCCAAGGUUAUGAGAGUACCAAUUAAAGCAUAUGAAGAAAAACUAUGAGUACAAAAUCAAAUUAUAGUGGAGGAAAAACAUUGCUUUUCUAGACAUUUCAACUGUCAGAUGAUAACAGCAGAGUUAGCUGAUAAAAGAGAGAGUUGUCUUUCAAGAUCUUUUCAAGGGUAGAAGAGGGGAAACUGCUGGCAUUUGUGACCUGUAAGUCACGCACAGUGAGAUAAAACAACUUCUGAGAUAUGAAUCUGGGAAGCUUCAAGAGGAAGAUUCCACCUCAAGAAAGGAAAUUAGCAUUCUAAAUGAAGAAAACAGCAUUUACAACUUGAAAAAGGGAGAUUAAAUGAAUCUCAGAAAGAAAUAUGACAAAAAUAGAAACUGUGGUUUUUGAAAAUGACUGUUAAAGAAACAGAUUUUUAAAUUAGAAAUCAAGGCCUGGCCAGUUAGCUCAGUUGGUUAGAGCGCAGUGUUGAGAACACCAAAGUCAAGGUUUGGGAUCUCUGUACCAGCUAGCUGCCAAAAAAAAUGUUAGUACAUAAGAUGUUUUCUCAUACAAAAUUAUUCUCUUUUCUUUUUAACCUUCUUACCAAAGCCACAUUUUCAUAUUUAUUUUUAUUUUUUUUAUUUUUAUUUAUUUAUUUUUUUCUUUAAAAGAUGACUAGUAAUGGGAUCUCAGCCCUUGGCUUGGUGUUGUCAGCACCAUGCUCAGCCAGUGAGCGAACCGGCCAUCCCUAUAUAGGAUCCGAACCCACAGCCUUGGUGUUAUCAGCACCACACUCUCCCGAGUGAGCCACAGGCCGGCCCCACAUUUUCAUAUUUAUAGCUUUCUUCAUAUCUCUCUCUCAUACUUACUAGUUCCUUUCUAUCUUGUUUCUAUUUCCUUCCUAAACUUAGGUUUGAAACAACCUCUAAUAAUGUCAGAAUUUAGGCAAGGUUAUUCUUUCUUUCUUUCUUUCUUUUUUUUUUUUUUUGGCAGCUGGCUGGUACGUAGAUGUUAAGAAUAGCUGUGCUUCAGGUUGCACGUAUACCCCUUUCAGCUCCCAUGUCAGUAACCAACAACUGUGAUUCCUGUGUUCCAUGAGAAAGGGACAACUGUACUUGGAGCUUUCCCCUCCCUUUUGAAACUGUCUUAUAAAAUGCCUUUGCUUGUAGUAGACUUCGGAGCACUUUCCAACUCUGUUGGCUUGUGUUUCCCAGGUCGAUCAUCAAGUGUGGCUUCAAUAAACCUUUACAGAAUUA